UCAGUAGUCAUCAGUGUGCUUGCUCUCUCUCCCAUCGCUUUCCCCUCCCCUCGCUUGCCGCCGCAUCCAUCCACCACCUCUCCCCCUCGCGGAUGCGAUUCCCUCCCGCCGCCGCCGCCGCCGCCGCCGCCGCCGCGACUAGCUAGCUAGCUCGGAGGUCGGAGGGGAGGGGUGGUACGACUACAAUGGCGAGCGCGUCGGAGGACGACGCCGGCUCGGAGCGGUGCUGCGGGAGCUACAGCCCGAGCGCGGACGUCAGCGAGUCGGAGACAUCCAGCGACUGCUCCGCGCCGACGACCACCACCACCACCCGCCGCUUCGCCUCCUCCUCCUCCCGCGGCGUCGCCUCCUCCUCCUCCUCCUCGCUCCUCCCGACCCCUCCCCCUUCCUCCGCCGCCGCCUUCUUCCUCUCCGCCAAGCCCGCCGCCGACCUCUCCGAGGUGGACAUGAUGAAGGAGCGCUUCGCCAAGCUGCUGCUCGGCGAGGACAUGUCCGGGAGCGGCAAGGGCGUCUGCACCGCGCUCGCCAUCUCCAACGCCAUCACCAACCUCUCCGCCACUGUGUUCGGCGAGCUGUGGAGGCUGGAGCCGAUGGCUUCGGCGAGGAAGGCGAUGUGGACGAGGGAGAUGGACUGGCUGCUCUCCGUGGCCGACUCCAUCGUCGAGCUCACCCCGUCAAUCCAGGAGCUCCCCGACGGCGGGGGACAGUUCGAGGUCAUGGUGCCGCGCCCCCGCAGCGACCUCUACAUGAACCUCCCGGCGCUCAAGAAGCUCGAUGCGAUGCUCCUCGCCAUGAUUGACGGGUUCAAGGAGACCGAGUUCUGGUAUGUGGAUAGGGGGAUCGUGGUUGAUGACAGCGGCGGGCCGUUCUCGUCGUCGUCAUCCUCCUGCGGGCGGCCGUCGGUGCGGCAGGAGGAGAAAUGGUGGCUGCCAUGCCCGCGGGUGCCGCCCAAGGGGUUGUCAGAGGAUGCGAGGAGGAAGCUGCAACAGGACAGGGAUUGUGCGAACCAGAUACUGAAGGCGGCCAUGGCGAUUAACAGCGAUGUGCUCGCGGAGAUGGAGAUCCCGGAAGUGUACUUGGAGUCACUGCCAAAGAGUGGUAAAUCUUGCUUGGGUGAGAUAAUUUACCGAUAUAUAACAGCUGAACAAUUCUCACCGGAGUGCCUCCUCGAUUGCUUGGAUCUGUCAUCAGAACACCACACACUUGAAGUAGCUAACAGAAUAGAGGCUGCCAUCCAUGUGUGGAGGUUGAAGGGCCAAAAGAAAUCCACGCCUCAAGCAAAAUCAAAGAAAUCUUGGGGUGGAAAAGUGAAGGGACUUGUUGGAGAUACAGAAAAGAGUCAUGUUUUGUCCCAAAGAGCUGAUGGGUUGUUGCAAAGCUUAAGAUUGCGAUACCCUGGUUUGCCACAAACCUCUCUCGACAUGAACAAGAUCCAGUAUAACAAGGACGUUGGGCAGUCCAUACUAGAGAGUUACUCAAGGGUUCUGGAGAGCUUGGCAUUUAACAUAAUUGCCAGAAUUGAUGAUGUAAUUUAUGUAGAUGAUGCAACAAAGAAGUCUGCCGCUGCUGACUCUGUUUCCAUCUUCAAUCGUGGCAUUGGCGUACCAGUUCAGAAGAGGAUCUCCCCAAGCCCGUUCUCAAUUCAGCAUACACCAUAUGCCUCUCCAUUUGCUACACCCACUUUCUGCUCCUCCACUCCAGUUACAGGCAGCCCUGGAAGAGUACAGCCUCCAUUGAACAAAGACAACUUACCGACAAAACAAGAGGUUAAAGUUGAGAAGCUGUUUUCUGGUGAUAUCGAGAAGGUCUGGACGUAUGCCGGGAACCUUAGCGCAAGGAAAGACGCAGGAGAUGCCCCUGAAAGAGACUGAAAGGCAGUGAAGAAAGUUCUUCAGAUCUUUAGACGUGUCUCAGCAAGGUCAACAGGUUUCAACACAUCCUGUUCUGGUCUCUAGCUAGAUUUUCCCUGUACAGAAGCAACAUGAUUCAUUUUUUUGUGCUUUCUUAGCGAGCCAAGGGUCGUCUAGCCCUACUUACAACAAGUAAGGGAAUGACUCUUUGAGUCUUGAUCGCAUCUGAACAAGUCAUAGUUUCACGUAGCUGCCUCUGUCGGACAUGUACUCUUCUUGUUCAUGUUUAUACUAGCUGGUUUAGUUAGCAGCAAGUGAUUGAACUUCAGAUGCUGCAGUUCUUUUUUUUUUUUUUUGUCCCUGGAGGCAUCGGUUCCCUAACAAUCAACUGCACUUGCAGUGCAAUGUAUCAUGAUUUUCUGAUGCUGUUGUAUAUGGCACCUAAUGGACAGAUCUGACGCUCUUCAGUGACUCUGAAGACUUUCUUAUA